GGGGUUCUGCUGCCCCGGCCGCGGGCCGCGUCCGUCUGUCCCCGCGGCCUCCAGUGGUGGUGUACGUGUGAGGCCCGGACGGAUACUCGUCCUUCCUCUACUGUCAUCCCCCGGGCUUGAGCCAUGUUUCUUUCUCCUCAGGCAUCCACUUUUUUUUUCUGAGUGCGUCAAGAUUUACUCAUUUCCUUCUCUUCUUUUCCUUCUACUUUUCCCCAAAGAUACCUGUCGGCAGAAAGGAAGGAGAAGACCCCGCUCACUCCGAAAGCAGGGUUCUGAAUGCGGUGGUUUUGCCGCUUUCUGGCGUGCAUGGAAAGCUCAGCUUUCAGAUGCAGGAGUGACGUGGAGUUUUGAAGGCUGCUGUGCUUUUUCUUAUCAGACAUCUGUGGCUGUUUAUCUUGUGACAAAGCGUGAUAUGUUUAGAUCUUGUACUAGACAAGAUUAGAUGGGUAGCAUGUGAAAUGGAUGUCACUUGUAAUUCUUAGCUGAUAUUAAAAAUAUAGCUACUGGUGGCUAAGAGAUGUACAUAGUGACACUUAAAGAAGCCUUGGCAGCUUGACAUGAAGUUUUUUCUCCUAAUGUGAUUGGAAGAAAAUAAGAAGGAGGGCGAUGUCAGUUCCGCUUGCCAACUUUCACUCUGCUAACCUGAAACUAGUAUGUUUCUAACUCAGUGUGGUCAUAGAUGUUCAUGUCCAGCAGCAUUGUAGUCACGCUGUGAUGCUGUAUAGCAAACCUGGAAGUAUGUGGUUAGAUACUCUGGUAGCUGGUAAAGAUGCCAGUGUGUAACAGCUUAAUAUUCUGUAUUAGGGUUUCUAUAUAAGAAAAUUUGUUUGAUACUUUGUUUUGCAAAUUUUGGGUAAGUGUUAAAUAGGAAACCAUUUCAAGUGUUUCUUUUAUUCCUUAGAUACUGGAAUCCAGCUGUGCCGUGACGGUUUGAUAGUAUGACACUUACACUGUGCACUGCCAGAUUCCUAAAACAUCUCUUUAUGUUAAGAUAAAUUCUCUUAUUUUGGUACUAAAAUUAAUGUGUUUUCUGUGCAAACUUCAGUCUUGUAUAACUUUUUAUUUAGCUAGGAAUGGUGAUCUCUACUUGCAGUACUCAGUACUGGCAUGAAAAGCUUGACUUCAGUUUCUUUUCUUGGGUCGUUUGCUUCACUAUAUCCUACAGGAAACUUUUCCUUGAGUAAAGAUUACAGGGCUGUAGAGAAUGUAAUUGUCAUGUUGCAUAAGGCUCAUCUUUCCAUCUCUUCUGAAGAUUCUUGCUUUUGCUCUCAUCCCGUGAUACCCCUUGAAAGUUUAGUGGAGAAGAUCUUCAUAUAACUGGCUGAAAAAUGGUUUUGCAAGAUGACAGCACCAACUCUAACACUGUUAAAAUGGUUACAAAUGGUGUGGGUUUUUAUCAUGAACCGGAUGAGCUCCCAGAGCAGUUCAUCCACUCAGCGUAGGCGAAUGGCUCUAGGAAUUGUCAUUCUUCUCCUCGUUGAUGUGAUAUGGGUUGCUUCUUCAGAACUCACUUCUUAUGUUUUCACAAAGUACAACAAACCUUUUUUCAGUACAUUUGCAAAAACAUCCAUGUUUGUUCUAUACCUCUUGGGAUUUAUUGUUUGGAAACCAUGGAGGCAACAGUGUACUCGUGGGUUUCGUGGAAGGCAUGCAACUUUUUUUGCAGAUGCUGAAGGUUAUUUUGCUGCUUGUACAACAGAUAACAGUGUAAACAGUUCUCUGAGUGAACCUUUAUAUGUUCCUGUAAAGUUUCAUGAUUUGCCAACUGAAAAAAAUGGCAGUAAUAACAGCGAUGCAGAGAAAACUCCCAAAAAGCCUCGUGUAAGGUUCAGUAAUAUUAUGGAGAUUCGACAACUCCCAUCGAGCCAUGCAUUGGAAGCGAAGUUGUCUCGCAUGUCAUAUCCAACGGUUAAGGAGCAGGAAUCAAUAUUAAAAACUGUAGGAAAACUCACUGCAACUCAAGUAGCAAAAAUUAGCUUUUUCUUUUGCUUUGUGUGGUUCUUGGCAAAUUUCUCUUACCAAGAAGCUCUGUCAGACACCCAAGUUGCCAUAGUUAAUAUCUUGUCUUCAACCUCUGGGCUUUUUACUUUAAUCUUAGCUGCAGUCUUUCCCAGUAACAGUGGCGAUAGGUUUACCCUGUCCAAAUUAUUAGCUGUUAUUUUAAGCAUUGGUGGUGUGGUACUUGUUAACCUUUCUGGAUCUGAGAAAUCUUCCGGAAAAGAUACAAUAGGUUCCCUUUGGUCUCUUGUGGGAGCAAUGCUGUAUGCUGUGUACAUAGUAAUGAUAAAAAGGAAAGUAGAUAGAGAAGAUAAACUUGACAUACCAAUGUUCUUUGGUUUUGUAGGGCUGUUUAAUCUGUUGCUGCUGUGGCCAGGGUUUUUCCUUCUUCACUAUACUGGGUUUGAAGCAUUUGAGUUUCCCAGUAAACUGAUAUGGAUGUGCAUUGUCAUUAAUGGCCUUAUCGGGACAGUUCUGUCAGAGUUCCUCUGGCUGUGGGGAUGCUUUCUUACCUCAUCACUGAUAGGCACACUUGCGCUAAGCCUUACAAUACCUCUGUCCAUAAUAGCUGACAUGUGCAUGCAAAAGGUGCAGUUUUCCUGGUUAUUUUUUGCGGGGGCGAUCCCUGUAUUUUUUUCUUUUUUCAUUGCAACUCUCUUAUGUCACUAUAACAACUGGGAUCCAGUGAUGGUGGGAAUCAGAAGAAUUUUUGCCUUUAUUUGUAGAAAACAUCGAAUUCAGAGAAUGCCGGAAGAAAGUGAGCAGUGUGAAAGUCUCAUUCCUAUGCAUAGUGUUUCACAAGAUGGAGACAGUUGCUGUUCGUAGACAAAAGUUUAAAAAUGGAACGAUGCCCAGCGAAGAGACAAUCUUCUGGAAAAGUCCCUAAGAAAUCAUGUUUCAGUGCCUAUUAUGAAUUUGUAGUGAAAAUUAAGAAGUUUCAGUUCUUUUGAAACUCUAAACUUUUCCUCUUUCUUGCUUUCAUCUGGUUUUAUAAUGAACAAAUUUACUACAUGCCUAUCACCAUAGGGAGUCUUAGUCCAUCUGAGCAACCAACCUGCCUUAUGACACUGAGCUGGUGAAGUUACUUGACAAAAUCAAGAAAACAAACGCUGUUAAGUGAUUUCUUUCUUCUUUUAACUCACAAUUUUGUUAAAUGCUGGACAAUAUUAUUUUUAAAAAAUACUUUCAAAUGAGUUAUGUAAAUAAGUUUGCAGGUCAUCAAGUCUUACAGGCUUUCGGAUGAAAAGCUAAAUAGAUAUGUUACCUGUAGUAGGUACAAAUUAACUUUUUUAUGUUGUAUAAACUAUUUGCAUAUUAAUAGAAGAAAAUAGAAAAAUAAUUUAUUAAGUGCAUUCUUGUAAUUCUUGAGGCAGGAUCUUUGUACGGUCCUGAAACACUACAUAUAUACUGUCUUUUGCCAUUUUGAGAAGCCUUGUAAUGGCAAUGGGUGCCAAUGUUUAAAAAUCUUUUGUUACCUAACAAUCUGGAAUGUUUAAAAUUUUGAUGAAUGGUAAAAUAUUUGUAAUUACAGUACAUUUGGGUGUACAUUCUCAAAAUCAACAUUUGUUUUGAACAGACUGAUCUGUAACCCAUUCAUAUUCCCAGUUAUCUCACAUGGAAAAACUAAAUUUGAAGGUUUUCAGAUGUAUAGCUGCCAACUUCAAAAAAAAUCAGAUUAACUGUGAAAGUGUUCAGUCUGUGGGUUGGCACUACAGUAAUGUGCUAAACAAUCUGCAAGAUAAAGGUGUUUACAGUGAUUUAUUUUUUCCAGUUGCAUUAAUAAAUUUAUUCUAAAAUUGAUAAUUUUCCUUUUAACCUGUAUCUUCCUUCCACUGCAGUGCUUCUGUCCUAUUUGAUUCUGAAAAAUUAUGAAUAAUUAUAUUCAGGAAUAUCUGAAAUUAUUCAGGCCAUUUUCCAACUUCUGGCCUAUAAGACACUUAUAUUAAAGUUAAUUUUGGCUUUUGAUGGAUUUUAUUUUUUUAAUAAUGAAUUUAGGAUGGAUUUUCAGCUAACAGUAUUCUCUUCCACAUAACAAGUGUAGGGUACUUCUACUAUCCUUCCCCACAAAUGUAGAAGGAUGACGGAACACAAAGCUUUUUCAUGUUUUGACACUCAGUAAUGAUCCUUCCAAAAGAAAUGUUGGUGGUUUGGUGAUACAGCUACUAGACAAGAGGGAAUGCAGGAAAGCAAGACACUUAGCUAUACAUUUAGAAGAAUUGACUAGCCAGCAGCUAGAAUUUAAUGUAAAAAUCUGUAACUAUUGAAGGGAGAAAAAUAAUGUGGGGGUUAUUCUGGUCAAGUAUUACACCUUUAUCAAAUUCUUCCUUCCAGUUUUUAACAAUGGAUUACACUGCAAGUUUCAGUGAUCUGAGGCAUCUCUUUAAUAUGAGAUAGGAAGUUCUUCUUUGGAUGUCUGCAGUAGGAAUUGAAAAAACCAACCAACCAACCAAAAAAAAACUAUCAAAACCACAAACCAAAAACAAACAGAAAAGUUUGCUAAAUUUAUGUAGGCAUUUUGAGAAACUUCACGUUUCAGUUCCCAAACCCCACUAGUAGAGCAGUUCAAAAUGCAGUAUGUAGAACUAAUUUUACAUUUGACUUUGGUAGAAUUUUCAGGGAUUUUUUCGUAAGUGGAUUUUUCUUAGGUGUUUGGGGUUUUUUAAGGAGAUUUUUUUUCUAAAUUAUAACAAAUUAGAGGAUGUUAGCUGCAGCAUUUUUCCAAGAAGUAAUGUUAAGGCCUACCGGCAAUAAAAAGCUGAUAUCUGUUUUCAAUUAAUGACAUGUUUCAAUGAGGUCAUACCGAAUAUAUAAUGCCAGGCAUUAAUUACAAAUUUGAGUCAGUUGGGCAUUGCAGCAUCAGUAACUAAGCCUGGGAAAACUGAGUUUGCUUUCAGAUGGGCAAUUACAGUAUUUUUAGCAAAAUAUUCUAAUACUGUUGUUUGCAAUUGGUCAUACUGAUAGAAUUGGAGCUGUUAUGUAUAAUGGGCAAUUACUAUUCGUAUUUGUCCUUAUGUUCAUGAUCCUGAUAGUCUCCCAUGUAUGACUUUUCUUAACUUGCAUUAUUCAUUGUUUGAGAGGUUAAGAAAAUAAAUACUAGGAGAAUAUUCUGACCCCGGGAACGCUCAAGGAUGUUUUUGUUCAGUGAACUCAGUUAGGGCCAUCCCACUGUUUUUAACAAAAAUGUGUUAAUUUUUUUAAAAUAUUAAAUAUUUUAAUCUCAUGGCACUGGGUAGCUUGAGCAGUAUUUUUGCAUUAAAUUACAGUUCUUUAAAGAAUAAGAAACAAAGCAAACUGUCCUUCCUGAAAGGAUUUUUAAACAGUGGUGCCCCUGUAGUUACAAGAAAUGUGUUACAGUUUUAAUUACGGAAUCUAUAUGUAACAUUGUUCCUGCAUUUAAUAGAAUGUGAUGAGGUUUUUUCUAUAAAAUCUUGUGAUUUUUAGUACAAUAAUAUUUUAUAAAUAUAAUGUCUAAUUUGAAAUGUAAAUUGCAUAGCUCUCUAAUGGGUGCUUGGUAAAUGCACAAGAGAUUUAGCUUUGAUUCUCAGGUACCUCUGACGUAAUGGAGACAUGCUGGGUUUUCCUUCCUCGUGACACAACUGGAAUGUGAAGGACCUCUCUCGUAAAUGCUUUGCCCUCUGUGUGCUAGCAUAAAUUGUCAUUGCUCUUACUGUUUCAAUUUGGGGAUGUCUUUUUUUCUGACUUAUUUCUUGUAGGAAGCACAUACACUUUAAAAAACUGAUGAAUUUUUAUCUCAAGCGUUUCUUUGAAUGUCAGAUGCUUAAGGAACAGUGAUUUCCCAUGCCUAAACAUGGAAAAUGAAUACUACAUGUGUUGUUCUGUCAAACAGUUGAAGUAAUUCCUGUAAUUCUGUGAGACAACCAACAAUUUCUUCUGUCUGUGAUUGAGGUUUUAUAUAUGGAGGAUUCAAUGAUGAUAACUUACCAAACACUAUGUAGCAUGCCUUUGCUUUUAGGGUUUUGGCGAGUCUUGCAUAGUUUGAUAUACUGUGUACUGCACUCCAGAACAAAGGGAAAAAAAGAAUUUCAAUUUUUCUGGCUACUUUCUGUUAGGUUUCAGUCAUGCCAAAAACGUGCUCACUACGAGGGGCUGCUGUAGAUGCAAUACUUAUUCAGCAAAGGACUGAAAUACCUGCCACAUCAGUACUCAACAAUUACUUAGAAAGGAUGGGGCACGUGAAUGCCACUGAAGAUGCUCCUGUUGCCCACUGUGCGCUGCAUCUCGCUCGUUGCCUUUUUGCCUGUGGAAAUCCAUGCAGGGGCAUGAGGACUGUCAUACAUGACUGAUUUGGCUUGUCAUGGAGUUGGGCUAGCGUGGACUGCGCACUGAAACUCAGAAGCAGGGAGGCUAAGGCGCUGCCUGGUUGUCUCACUGUGGUCUUGCAAAUGCUAAAGUAUUUUGCAGAAAUAGUGUUAAGCAGUGGUGUUCUUUGACAAACCAUGGUGCUGCAUGCGAUACUUGAGCCGGUGCGCUGGUAUAGGCAUUGCAUACCUCCUGGUAACGUACUAGCAAAACUAGGAAAGCCUGCAAAUUACUUCGCUUGGUGUGUUCUGUUUAGUUGUCAUUCUCUUUCACAGUCCCCAUUGUGCCAGGUACUGCUAUUCACAGCUAUGAUUGCUUUAAAUAAGGUGGCAAAAUGAUUUCUUUGUAAGUCUUGGUUCUGUCUCUUUUUGUGUUGAACGUUAUCAUUCCUACCCUCUACUAAAAGAACCUCCUAUCUUAGGGAAAUAAAGUUACUGAGCUAUACUGAGGUAUCAGAGGAUGGGGAAGAACAGUUAAAUUUCAGGCAUAGGGUGAGUUUAUAGACACACUUUAAAAUUUCAUAUGAAAAUAGGCCUUGGUAAGGCAGAGUAUUUUGUACGUUUGUAAAUGAAGCUAAGAAGUGUCAUUCUCAAAAAUCAAGGAACAGAAACUAAUGUUAAUAUCUCAAUGUUGAGCUACAUGGCUAACUAUAGAAUGGUACUUUUAAUGAGUUUUCUUUAUUUGGGAUAAGUUUUGAGUUAGUUACCAUUUCUGUUAUGAUUGUCAUACAUAGUGUCUGCAAUUUAAUAGUUAUAACUGCAGUAGCAUUUAAGUCUUUGUUCAUAAACAGUUGUUAUGCAUGUUUGUUGUUUGUUUUUGUUUUUUUUUUUAAUCUAAUCCAGGAUUGCAUUAAUGCUGUAUCGUGUUUUACAUGGUUAUUAUUGCAUGGCAUGAUUUCUCAGGGAAAUACAGAUGAUACCAUGCGUUGUGAGAGCUGAUAACUAAUUCUUGCUUUUAAAAUUGUUACAAACAUUGUCAGGUUUCACUCAAACAUUUCACAUCACAUAACUUUUCGUGUUGAACUUCCUUAGGCUUAUCAGGUAAAUCACGAAGGGGAUGUUAACAGCGUUUAAAGGUGUCAGUAAAAUAGACUCUGCCCAACAGUGUUACUUUUUGGUCAAACAUCCAUUCUAAACUGAUAUUGCAAUUUGUGUGUGGUUUUUUUACUUUAUUGUACUAUGCACCACAUAAAUUAACAGUUACACUGCUGAUUUGGAAGCUGACCUGUGGCAUGACAGUGACAUUAACUGUCAGGGUUAGGCAAUGCUAUAGUAGUACAUAACCUGAUUCUGGGGUAGAGUACCAGUAUCUUCAAACAUAUAUUCACUUAUAUCAUUAGAUUUUUGCAAAGUGAGUUCACUGUGGGGAUUUUUGUUUGUUUUUCUAGUAAAGUUACUUUGGCUAGACUGGGAUUUGAUCCAGAGGCCACCAGAGUCAUAGCAUGAAUAAGGUAACACUUUAUUGAAAAGAAACUCUGUAGUCAGGUUGACCUUUAUGCCUUUGCAGUAUUUGUCUGCAGCUCUAGUUGGAGCAGUUUGGUUUAAGGCUUCAGUAAUGUAAAUUUGAGGGAUUUUAGUGCUGGUAAAAAUGGUAAACAUACUACUGUAACUGGUCACAAAAAUAUUGCCCUAUAGCCAGCAUGCAGCUUAAUUACUUAGAAGGCAAAUUUGUCUUGCUACAUGACUUUUUAAAAUCAGCAGUAUAAGAAAUGUUAACCACUUUGCUUAGUUGUGUACUUCUAGGAGAAUUUUUUGUCCAAAGUGAGAAUAUGUAAUCCUAGUCGCCAUAGAAAGCAGCUGUUUAGUUCUACAAGUGCCGAGUUCUUCAACUGCAUCUCAGUUUAUGAAGUUGUAUCCAGUGUUGUUUUUUAAUGAACUUUUGGGGGUUUUUUUGGUUGGUGUUUGUUUGUUUGUUUUUUGUCAGGGAAGGUGCACAGGUUUUUGUAUAUGUUCCACAGAAGAAAUAGGACUGGAUACUGGAAUGGCCUCAGAAAUAAUAUUUCAGGGAUGUUUCUGUAGUUCUUCAUGUAUGGUCCUGAAGUUUUUACACAGGUUGUUUUUUGGGGUGUUUUUAGGGGCUGUGUGUUGGUUUUUGUUUUCCUUUUUGGCUUUGUUUGUUUGUUCUUCUUUUAAAAAAAAAACAGCCAAAAACCCCCAUGUUUAUCAAGGUGAGGGAAAGUACCCAUUUAUCAUAGAACUAAUUUUAUAAUGUGCAAUUUACUGUGUUUUUGUUAGAGAGAUCCUUCAGUAUGUUACUAAUGUUGCCAGCCCACAAGUCUUUUCUUCGUUGUCUGUGUUAUCAGGGGUGCUUCACUUCUACCUAAAUCUGACCUUUUGCAUCCCAAUUAAACUAGUUCCUCUACCAGAAUCAGUAAUUUCUAAAAUAUUUUUAGAAUCUGCUUUUUCCUCUAGCUAGGGGACCAGCAGGGGCUUUCAAGCCAAAUAGUAUCCCUUUCCUAUGGGAGAGGAAAAAAAAACCCAAAACUUUAGAAAAAUAAAACCAAUAACCUUAAUUGAAAAUAAAGAAUUUUACUCGGUAGCACAUGUGAUCAGCUGUAAAAUCAUCAGGGUAAUUUCUUACAGCACAACUACAUAUCAGAAGUGCUUAGCCAGUAGUGUACUGGAUUGAUCUCUCUGGUUGAUCUUGAUUUAAUAGAGAAAGUAAUAAUCUCAUAUUGAAGCUGAAUGCUUAAAUUAACCCCUGUAAUUGUAAAGAAAAAAAAAAGGGGGGAAAAUUAUAGCUGGAGAGAGGGUGUAUGUGCAGAGGAGUUUCUUCUCUGUUUUGGGGGAUUUAGGUUUGGGUUGGGUUUUUGUUUUCUUUGUGAAGUGUUAGAAAGUCCCACAUACAAUCCAGUUACAAACGAGUGCUCUAUCAACUGAAAAUCGUGAGAGGCUGUUUACAAAAAGCUAUACUGAAAGCUUAGCCAGUUGUUCAAGUUGACGUUAUCUGAUUAGAAUUAGAGAAAUGUAACGAAUAAGCGAUACAACUUCAGCUUUGUACAGCUGGGGGGGUCCUUGUCGUGAUUUAAUAGUUGUGUAAGUUCUCUUUGGAGGGGAUAUUAGUAAAAUUAAAUUGUUUAUGAAACUUCUUCUUAGUUGUUUAUACAGAUUGAUUUGUGAAAGUUGUAAACCUUUUGUGCAUUAAAAGAUGCACAAAACCAGUAGCAGUUUUGAUGGUCUUUUUGGCAUUACGUUUUGUACUAAGUUUCAGUGAAUUCUGAAUAACACUUUUAAAGCAGAAGCUGCUUUAACUGAAAAACUUUCAACUGAAGAAAACUUUUGUUUGCAUGAAGUGUGUAUGAUUUGCUGAUAAUUCAGAUGUUCCGAGAGCUCAGCUAGUUCCAGGUAUAUAUUCUCUAUGAAACAUCUUUAUGCAUAAUCUUUUAACCAUUUCCCGAAGUGAGACCAGAACCUGAAUCGCUGAUGCAUAUUGCAUUUGCAGUUAAAUACCUGAUUCCAGAGUGUGUUAAACCUUGAUCUAUUUUUGAUAAAAAAUGAAAUGUAGCAUUUUUAUCUAAUUUCCAUUUAAUGAUAAGUAUAUUCAUGCAGAGAAAAACAUAUAAUCAUGGCUUGAUGCAGUGAUUGUAAGCCAAGAAAACAGCAGGAUGGCGGUAGUAAAUCUGAAAUGAUGAUGCAUGUCUCUUCAGAAACUCUGGCUUCUGGUUUCUUCCCUUCCUCUUCUUACCAAAUUGGUGUCUCCAUUAUUCCAGGAUUACACAGGUGAAGCAAGGACCAGAACUUUUACCCUUUGUUUUUUAAAAAUGAACAUUGCUUUUUGCCUGGAGUGUCUUUGCCCUUUCACUUUGGUUUUUUUUUUUUUGUGUCAGUUAAAUGAGAAAUAUAGAGUAAGUAUUUUUAAUUAAAAUCAGAUUUAAGCUACUAAUUAUUUUGAAAUUCUCUAUAUUGAGAGAUCUAAUGAAUGGAAAUUAAAGGCCUAUAUUGCAAAUAUUGAACAGUGCUUAUAUAUUUUUAACAAAAUCGGUGUAUAUAUAUGAAUAUUUGAAACAUGAGUAAAGGUGCAAAUUGGAAGAUUGUUCUUGGCGUUGAUAAGUUUAUAGAUUGAAAUUCUUAAUAUCCAAUACCAGAACCCUAUAAAAGGGCUAAUGAAAAGAAAAUGUAAUGUAUUCUGAUGAACAGCCUGUGUAAUACAGUCAAUGGGUGUGAUGUUUUGUUCUGUAUUUAUUAUAUGUAAGUAAACAAUAAAGAUUAUAAAUCUUA